AUGUCGGCAGAUAUACCCGUACCCACAACGCAACAUAAUAUUGAUAUCCCUUCGACCGGAUGUGGGGGUCCGGAUCUUCCCAAGUGCACGGAAGAUCAAGGUUCUUCAGCUGCUGAAACCAACAGCACGAAUAGAAUGUCCAGUAAUGACGAGCGUUGGAACUACGUUUUGGCUACUGAAAUAUUACCUAAAGCCGAUUACGAGGUACAGGAGGUCGACAUCGAUGAAGAGAACAACUCCGAAGAUGACUUCUAUUCCUCCCAAAUGUGGGAAGGGUAUAGGUUGAAGCACGAACCUCGGUCGCAUUUUAUCUGGCAGCAUAGUACAGACACACUAUUCGCACUUGCAAUUGACGGAUCAGUUUACGGUUUUUCCAUAGAUUUCGAGUGCGGUUAUCUUAUUUCGGAUACGAUUGAGGGUGCAAUAUCGUAUCUUUCGGUUCCUGGUACAAGAGCGAAGGGGCCAGCAAGGCCGCCUUGGGGCCCAUAUGAUAUCAAUGCCGAAGAUAUGUUUGGGGACAAGUUUGGCGAUGAAAACUAUGAUUCUGGAAUAGAUGAUUGCGAUUCUGAAUCCGAAUGCGACUAG